GUCAAUCAUAUACAAGCAGCGUAGUACUCUAUCGGUAGGCUAAAAUGACUGUAGCGGUCAGUUAAAAUGUACAGUUUUCGUCCUGUACAUUCACCUUAAAGGUCAGUUCUCGGUUAAACAGCAUUACAUGGCUCUGAUAUGCGAUAGAAUCGACUGUACCGCCUGCUUUUUAAUAGAUUCUGACGUGAUCCGUGUGCUGGCUGCGGAACAAUCUGUAAUAUUUAGACCAACUGCGUGUAAAAUGAUGUGCGGGGAAUUAUGACUAAACCCGGCAUCACGACAGCUGGGUGUUUUUAUUAUACGAACGACUUUUACUGUUUGUUCACGGGACACUAAACGGCUCGGAAACCUGUGGAUUACUUUAUGAAGUGUUGUCGUGUCGUAGGAAAACUUUUCACGACAGUUGACACCGUGAAAACUUGUCAACGGUAUUUCCGAUGUACGGCUGUCGGAAUAAAGCUCAGUUGUUGCUAGGUUACAUCAUAUUUUUAGGUUAGCGUUAUAUAGCAUUAGCUACAAAAGACCUGAAAGAAAAUGUCGGCGGUUUCUGCUACCGAAAAAGUGGACGGGUUUACACGGAGAUCCGUGAAGAAGGCGCAGAAGCAGAGGAAAUCCCCCAGCUCGUCUCGCUUUCGGAGCCACAGCACCUCCGGGGAGCUGUCAGCUUUACCGCAGCUCAGAGCUAACGUUCACGAAACUCCUUCAACAGAGCAGCAGGAGCUGUUUGUGCAGAAGCUUCAGCAGUGCUGUGUGCUCUUUGACUUCUUUGACUCGGUCACUGAUCUGAAGAGUAAAGAGGUGAAGAGGGCCACUCUCAACGAACUGGUAGAAUAUGUUUCUACCAGCAGGGGCAUACUGGUGGACUCCGCCUACCUUGACAUCAUUAACAUGAUCAGCACCAAUAUAUUCAGAACUCUGCCUCCGAGUGAUAACCCUGAUUUUGACCCUGAAGAAGACGAGCCCACGUUGGAGGCCUCGUGGCCACACAUUCAGCUGGUAUACGAGUUUUUCCUGCGUUUCUUAGAAAACCCGGACUUCCAGGCGAGCACGGCCAAGCGCUACAUCGACCAGAAGUUUGUGCUUCAGCUGUUGGAGCUGUUUGACACUGAAGACCCCCGGGAGCGAGACUUCCUGAAAACCAUCCUGCAUCGCAUCUAUGGAAAAUUCUUAGGCCUGCGUGCCUUCAUCCGCAAACAAAUCAACAACAUUUUCUUACGGUUCAUCUAUGAGACUGAACAUUUCAAUGGAGUAGCUGAACUUUUGGAGAUCCUGGGCAGCAUCAUCAACGGGUUUGCGUUGCCGCUGAAGGCCGAACACAAGCAGUUCCUGAUGAAGGUGCUCAUUCCCAUGCACACUGCUAAAACCCUCGCGCUGUUCCACGCACAGUUGGCGUACUGCGUGGUUCAGUUCCUGGAGAAGGAUCCCGCGCUUACAGAGCCGGUGAUCCGGGGGCUUCUGAAAUUCUGGCCCAAGACCUGCAGCCAGAAAGAGGUCAUGUUCCUGGGUGAAAUCGAGGAGAUUCUGGAUGUCAUUGAGCCGACACAGUUUAAGAAGAUUCAGGAGCUGCUGUUUAAACAGAUCUCCAAAUGUGUAGCUAGUCCUCAUUUUCAGGUAGCAGAACGAUCGCUCUACUUCUGGAACAACGAGUACAUUUUGAGUCUGAUCGAGGAGAACAUUGACAAGGUCCUGCCCAUCAUGUUCAGCAGCCUGUACAGAGUUUCUAAAGAACACUGGAACCAGACGAUCGUUGCUCUGGUGUACAACGUGCUGAAAACGCUGAUGGAGAUGAACAGCAAACUGUUUGACGAGCUCACGGCUUCGUACAAAGCCGACAGACAACGAGAGAAGAAGAAGGAGCAGGAGAGAGAAGAGCUGUGGAAGAGGCUGGACGAGCUGAAGCUUGUCAACAAUAGCCACGGCAUUCUGAUAUCUGAGAACAGCAACAAUAACAACAACCAAUCAGAGGAGCAGAACAGCUCAGUCAUCAGCGCUACAGACAGCAUCAGCACACACACACACUCUACUGACCACUGUGCUAAAUGACAUAGGGACCACCUGUCAGAUUAAAAUCAGCAGCACUCUGUGGCACAGAUGUGGACGUUUCAACUGCGCUCUAUAGAUCUACAUAGACCAACUUUAUCUAUGAAAAUGAAAUAUUUUAGUUAUGUAAGUCUAUUUUUGGAUGUUAAGUGCAGUCAUGGUAUUUCGUAUAUUAAAACCUCAGUCACAGAUAGACGUGUCCCGUCAUACAUUUAUUACAGUGGACGAUAUUGCGUUCAAUUCUAAGGAAGGUCGUUUUCACCACUCUUUUCACUCUAUAAUAAAAACUGAUUUAUUUUCGAUUAGGCAGCGUUAGGAAUGAAAGAAUGAUGAAAUUGCAGUAUUGGGACAUCCAGAGUAUGAUGUUCAACAGAGUGUUGUUAAUGUCACCCUGGAUUCUUAAUGUGUGCAUGCUGGUAUGUACACACAGGCCUGAAAGAAAGAAAUCUAAGCAGGGAUAUAAAAAGAGCUUGAAUUUAAUAAUACAUCAGUGAAGACUGUGGGAGAUUUUGAAUUCUUGAUGUCCAUUCAUACUGAUGCUUGUUGUUAAUGGAUCUUUGCAUAAAACACAUGCCAGGUGUUUUCUUGAACCAGACAUUUUAAAGGAUCAGUAUGUAAUUUUUCUCCGAAUUGCAAAGAAAACCUAAAUAAAAUAAAGCCUUCUCCUUCACUGCAA